AUGACAAGAAAAAGUGAAGAGGAAGUUAAUGCUGUGAACACAAUUGUUGCCGUAAAUAAAGAUAAAGAAAAAAGAGAAAAUAACAUAGUAAUUUUUGGAAUACCUCUAUCGAAAGAGAGUAACAUCGAAAGCAGAAAGAUUCAAGACAAGGCAAUUAUAGAAGAUGUUUGUAAAAUAGAAAAUAAAAAACCAGAUAUUUUAAUGAUAUGUGACACAUGGUGGACAGAUACUUCAGCAACCAGCAUUUCAGGUUAUUCUUUAUUUAGGCAAGACAGGAAUCAUGGCCGAGGUGGAGUCAUUCGAGACACCAUAAAAGCUAUGAAAAAUUUUGAUGGUUCUGUAGUAACAAAUGGACAUGCAAUUUCAAAUAUUUUGAACAAUUAUUCCAACUCUGUCUUUACAAUAGAAGAUAAAAAUAAUUUUCCUACUUCUCUACCGAAAACAAAUGCUAUAUGCACAGACUCAUCUUAUGAUAAAAUCAUUAUCAAGACUAAAUUAAGAAAUCUAAAUGUAAAAAGAGCUAUUGGAGUAGAUGGUGUACAUCCCAGAAUUCUCAAAAAGUGCUCAGAAAGUCUAGCAAAAUCAUUGAAAAUAUUAUUUGAUAAAUCAUACGAAAACGGUAAAGUGCCAGAAUUGUGGCUAUGUGCUAACGUUACACCCCUAUAUAAGAAAGGUAAUAAAUCAGAUCCAUCAAACUAUAGACCGGUUUCUCUAACAUCUGUAGUUUGCAAAAUAAUGGAGAGUAUAACAAGAGAUACAUUAAUGAAACAUAAAUGA